GCGCUCGGGGGCGAAGCCGCAGUCCGCGCCGCGACACGCGACACAACGCACCUCUGACAUGUGACCGAGAGCAUGGAAGAUUGUGAUCUUGCCCAAUACCGCGAUAUGAUCAUCGAGGGCGAACUGCCGCUGGACCUGCGGCCGCCGCCGCGCCUCUACCUGCCGCACUACCUGCGCGACGAGCGCGACCAGGAGUACCCGCCGGACGACACCUACGUCUCCGUGGACGAGGACACCCCCGAGCCGCCGCCGGCGUCCAGCGACUCCGAGCGAUACGACGCCUCCAGCCCAACUGAGUCCAAACCCUCCACACCAAAGAAGCCGAAACAGAAGUCUUCAUCACAACUCAUCAAGCCGCCUUACUCCUACAUCGCACUCAUCACGAUGGCCAUCCUUCAAUCUCCACACAAGAAACUAACGUUGAGUGGGAUCUGUGAGUUCAUCAUGACGAGGUUCCCGUACUACAGGGAAAAGUUUCCCGCCUGGCAGAACUCCAUCAGGCAUAACUUGAGUUUGAACGAUUGUUUUAUAAAAAUCCCGCGGGAGCCGGGAAAUCCGGGAAAGGGGAACUACUGGACGUUGGAUCCUUUGGCAGAGGAUAUGUUUGAUAACGGUAGCUUCUUGAGGAGGAGGAAGCGGUACAAGCGGCCGGCGCCGUCGCUGCAGCACGCGCACGCCGUGGUGGCGAUGCUGGCGCGCGAGGCGUACGCGCCGCUGCUGCCGCUGCCGUGCUACCUGCCGCCGGCGCCGCUGCUGUCGCUGCCGCGCCCGCCGCCCGCCACGCUGCGGCCCGUGCCGCUGCCGCCGCGCGUCUCCGAGACCACCGAGCCACGAAGUAAGAGAUCUCGAAACGGAUUCUCCAUCGAAUCCAUCAUCGGUUCCCAGGACAGUCAAAUGAACUCGGAGCCGAGGAGAAGCGCCUUCUCACCUCUUCACCAGAACAACUGUCCGCCGGACGACUGGGCGAGAUGAAUGUAUCUAAACGGGUACGGUUCCAGUCCAUCCCCGUUUUGAAUCGUCCCGUCGGACGCGUGUCGCUCCGAUUGACUGAAGUGAUUCCGAUAAGAUUGACGUGUUCCAAUAGUGAGUCAGAAACUUAUUGUAGGUGUAUGAUGUACAUUUUUGGAGGGGUCAAAUAUCAGUUUCCAAAUUGCAUUGGAAUUGCCAAAUAAUUAAAUAGUUACCAUUCCAUUAAUCAAUUCAUAUGUCCAACUGUGUGAUCUUUUAGCUGAAAUAAUUGUGUACAGAAUGAUUUAUUUUUAGUAGUUGAAGAAUGUCUGAAUUUAAGUUGAUUGUUUUUUUAAGCGA